AUGUUCACUAUUACUUCGGAUUACAUUCCAGCGCAGACUUCCUACGCUUGCCAACAAGUCUCCUUUCUGUGCGGGCCAUACUCAGUACAAAAUGGAACGUAUGUACCGGAAGAUCUCAACGCAAAGCCAGUGAGCCAAGAUGUUGCUAAGAACCAAGGCAGUCAGAUCACUCUCGCAUGCAACACCGGAUACAUCGCUGCUGAUGUUGGAGACGCUUAUGGUUGUCAAAAUCCGUCGAUCCCUUGCAAUGCCUCCUCAAAGCAGUACACCCGGACUUGCUCCGGUUGCCGUUGGUACUCCACCAAGACCUGCAAGAAGAUAGCUUGUAACUUCGUGCCGGCUUCGACUGAGUACGUGGCGGGAGCCUCACCGUUGCUCUACGGAGCCGUCGCUACUGUCUCCUGUAAAUCAGGCUACAGGGCAGCUCCCAUCCCUUCGGGAAGCAGGGGAGUGAGCUCGGCCAACCCAUCGAGUUACAAUGUCUCGUGCGGCUCACCAUCAAACGAGUUUGGGUACCAGAAAACUAUACCUGCUGGUUGCAAUCCAGUUGCCUGCCCAGCUUUUGUUCAGCCUGCCAAUUCUCAGCUCGACCUCCAGUACAGCCAAUACACCUCUGCCGAUCCUGCCAUCAAGAUCACUUGUUCCCCAGGAUAUCGAAGAUCAGACUCUCCCAGUUCAUUCAAUCACGCUUGCAGCAGUGUCUUCUAUGCAAAGUGCGAAGAUGGCAAAUUCGUGUAUCUAGACACGAAUCAGACGCAGAACCCGAAAGUCCUCGUGAACGUCUCAUGUGUGCCGAUGAAUUGCGGUAGUAUGAAUGAUGUUUGUGGCAGUGAGAGUUGUCCCUCUAGCACUCGAGCAGGAGAAAUCGUGCAGAACACCAACACUCCGAGCGGUAGCAAUCAAACUGUUGUGUGUGAGAUGGGAUACAGAGCUGCCACUCCCACUGCGACUCCUCAGAACAUUUGUAGCUUUCCGCGCAACUUCUCUCGCUCUUGUCGAUACUGCACUUUGGACCCGAACUCUCAGCAGUCAUGUCAGCCAAUUCAGUGCCAGGCAUCAAACUUGGUGGAUGCGAACGGAUAUGUCGCCAAGAAUGCCUAUGCAUACAACGCCAGCAUCAUGGUUUCUUGCAACAAAGGAUAUCGGGCGAGCAGCAACAUGUACUCUCUUUUGAAUGAUUCCACAUCUUACUCUGCCACCUGUCUGGACAACUGCGGCAUCAAAUCAAGUUUGGGCACGGCUUGUCAACCUGUCGUAUGUUCUGUUCCAAAUAUUGCAAAUGCAAAUGCUGGAUUUUCUGGCCCUGUUGUGUUUGGUCAGAACGUCAACUGGACAUGUCAGCCUGGGUAUCGGCUUGCAGGCAGUCAGAGCACUUACCUUUCACCUUGCACGUCCGUGAUGAGAGCUCGCUGCUUCGAGGGUUAUCUGCUGUACUGGAGUCAUGGCGCCUAUGUAUCCCAACAAGUUCCCGCCUGCGAGCCCAUUGUCGGCUGCGGUUUGAAGAACGACACGUGCGGAAUGGAAACUUGCCCGAGCCCUCAGAACGUGUCCAAGAACAUUGUUGAUACUGGUUUGCAGUAUGUGGCCAGCGGUUCCUCCGUGACUGUCACGUGCAUGAAUGGCUACAGGGCGUCAUCCAUCUACUCUCAAUACUCGUCGUGUAUCGAACCCAACAACUUCACCCUCAACUGCAGGUACUGCAACUUUCAGACGAUGAAUACUUCUUGUAAGCCAUUUCGGUGUUGGUGGACCCAGCAAAGUGAUCUGAAUGGAAACGUGAUCAACUCCUCGUCCUUCGCAACCUACUCUUCUUCUCUCACCAUCCAAUGCAAUCACGGAUACAGAGCUGCUUCCAGCUCCUCCAGCUUUGCCUUGAUCUCGGACCCGAUGUAUUAUCAGGUCCGAUGUAGCUCAAACUGCAACUUUGAAGCCACCCAGCAGUGCAAGCCGAUCAAGUGCAACCUGCCGACGCUCUCGAACCUCCAGGCAUCCUCACAGUACCUGGUUCAUGGUCAGAACUCAACUCUGUCAUGCGCCAAUGGAUUCCAAAACAAUCUCACCAGGAACAGCAACUGCAGCUCUCAGACCUUCCAAGCUCUCUGUCUGAAUGGUCAACUCCAGUUUUCGUCGGGAGCGGGAAUGUCUUAUCAGCCCUCUGUGUCUUGCAUCCCGCAAUAUUGCUCUGCUCUUCAUGUUCAGGAUCAGAACUUCAAUCUUUCCUUCGGUGUUUCGUUUCCGCUGCGAGUCUCAACUUCCACUGGAUUCGCACAGAUUGCAGCUAAGUGUAAAGCUGGCUAUCGUUUCGGGACCUCAGACAUUCUUCGUCCUAAUGAAGCAACUCUUGUUUGCCACGAUUGCACCUGGAAUACGACGAGAUUGCCUGCCUGCCAACUUGCUCAGUGUCCGCUGAUUAACAUUUCACUAUACCCAAAUUUCUACAAAGUGUAUGAUCAGAAAUUCAGUUAUAUCAAUCAAUUGCAAAUGCCGUAUGGUAGCAAUGUGACUAUUGAAUGCAAACCGGGCUACAGCUUUGUCAGUCAAAGUUCUUCAGCGAUGGGUGUGGUUCAAUGUACCGACUCAGGUUACUACCCACCCAUCUCGGGCUUGUGUCAACCGAUAGCUUGUCAGGCCUUCUCACCUCCCAAGUUCUCGACGUCGAACUCAACAUCUUAUGUGUUUGGUCAGAAAGCGUUCUACACAUGCCAGUCGAACUAUCAUGUGCCCCAGCAGACAUGCCAGACUGUGUCAUCGCACGUGAGUUGCUUUGCAGACGGCUCUUGGCCUCAAGUUGCAGACUGCGCCGUUGUUGAUGCGAAUCAGAGCUGCUUGUACCAGGACAUGUUCGGCAGCCCGUCGUUCACGGGGUCGACCUCCUUCACUGGGAGCAAGCAGAUCACUUGCCUCAGUGGGUACGCGGCUGUGGAGACAUCGAAACAGUUCGCAGACUGCAGCAGUUCUAACCAGCGAUCGUACACCAUCAGUUGCUCGGACUGUCAGGCUGUUCAUGCCAUGCACUGCGCACCCUUGGCCUGCGCACUAAAUUUUAGUGCCAUCCCCGGCUUGCCUUCUUCAUCAGGCGUUCAGUAUGUUCCGAUCGGCCAAACCUCUUUCUUCUCCUGUCAGCCUGGGUACCGAGCAGACAGUCAAGGGAACAGUCCCUUGUGCAGCAAGAGUCAGUGCUCGCCUGCCGCGUCACGGUCUGUCGCGGUUUCCUGCUCAGCAACCAACUGCCCCUUGUCAUCUUCUUCGUUGUGCCACAAAGUCUCUUGCGGACUCUUCCAGAAGCUGAACAACACUGUCAAGGACUCUUCCAUCCCCAACAUGAUGUACUCUUACGGUGACGUGGUCGAGUUCACCUGCGCGCCCGGCUUCAGGGUGGAAUCGUCUCAGAGCUGCAGCAACAGCGGCGUUGCUAUGUGUCAAGACGACGGUAAGUUCUCAGCUCCAAGAUGCGUUCCCGUCACAUGUCAAGUUCCUCUUUCUUACGGCACAUCCUACCUACCCAGCUCUGGUGUUGUCCCGUAUCAAUCUACCGUCAGCAUCCGAUGUGAAUCAGGUUACAACAUAUUGGAUUCGUCCAAGUCGAUCGCUCCCACAUGCAACGCGUCCUGUCAGCUGGAGAACGCAGCGACUUGUGUUGUCGCUGCCUGUGACGCAACCAAGGGGCUGAACAUCUCGUUUGCUAACGCCAACUUCAACCCUGUGCUCGUCCCGCUGCUCGACACCAUCAAGAUAACCUGCUUGCCUGGUUUCAUUGUUUCUGGGCCCUUGUACAACAAGUGCGUCAACGUCUUUUACCCUCAAUGCCUGCCCUCUCGGCAGUUUUCACUCGUCGACCAACUCAAGUGUGUUCCUGCCACCUGCCCUCCCCCCAGCUCCCUCACGGGCAUGACGUUGGUCAACGGAUCGUUGGAUCUCACCCGGGUGCAGCUGGCCAACGGAACCAUCGUUGCACAUGACGGAACCAAGAGCGUGGAGUACGGGAGCAGCGUAUUGGUCAAUUGUGAUCAAGGCUACGUUGCCCAUUGCCCUUGCCAGCAGACAAACCAAGCUAAUCCUGCUGGGAAGGCAGCUCGGCGCAAGCUGCAAGCUCUUCAACAACCGGCGUCGAGCAGCUCGUGCACGUGCAGCUCAAGCUACAGCUCCUUCUACCCCAUCACGUGCGGCAGCUCGUCUAGCCCAUGCAGCUGGGGGGCUCGUCAGUACGUGUGCGUCCGCAAGAAUGCCUGUGGCCCCCUCCGUGAGUGGCCGGACUCCACGGUGACGUCAACACCCAACAGUGACCGAGCAUACGGCACGUGCGGAGCUGGGAAACUUCCGUUCAACUCAGCAGCCUCGUCUUGCAGCAAAGGGUGGAGCUUGACCUGCCAGUGGAACAGCUCGAGAUGGGUGUGGAUGUACACGGGAACGAACAUCCCUUACGACUCUCAGGGCCCCUGCACCAGGAACGUCACGUGCAGCCUUGAGGCGCCCGGGACGACUUUCAGCAAUGACGCCAUGCAGGCCGUCAGCAGGGUGACGUACGGGGAGUACGUCAAAUCCUCCUGCUCCUUCGGUUACGUCAGCCAGAACGGAGCGACUAGAACCUCCCGCUGCAUGGAUGACUGCAGCCUGUCCCCGGCCCCGGUCAAGUGCUCGGGAGUCACGUGCGGUGACUUGCUGGAUGUCUUCGACUUCACCACAGCAAACUCGCAAGGCCUCAACUUCAUGUCCACCUUCACCCUUGGGGAAACAGUCCAGGUCACCUGCCCAGCUGGGUACGUGCUGGACACCACGAACUCCAGCAGUGCGGGAAUUCAGCUGCCGUCAGGGGCCCUCCAGAUUAUCUCUUCGCAAGCAUUCCCACCACCCAAUCGGAGCCGGUCGACCUCCUACCUCUUCGCCUCCACCAACAUGUCCAUCACUUUCCCCCCCGGGGCCUGGCCCGCUGGAGAGACUCGUCCUGUGAAGAUCAACCUGGUCAACUUCUCAUCGAACCUUGUAGUCACUGGCAGCGCCUUGAAGGACCAGAAGAAGAUAGCAGGGCAGGGAAUCUACCUCGAGCCUUCUGGAAUCAUCUUCUCAACGCCCGUCUCUAUCUCCAUCCCGUUUGACAACCGCGUCGACUACGGCAACUCUCAGCUCAACGUGUUCGUCUUCAACACCUCCACCAACUCCUGGGUCCCCAAGGCGUACUCAGCCAGCAGCUCCACCCCCGUCAACUUCGUGCAAGGAGUCGUCCAAGCGCAGACGUCGUCCUUCUCCUUGUACACGGUCCUUGCGACGCCUCUGCGAAGUGUCACGGUCUCCAACGUCAGCAACCAAACCAUCGCCAUCACGACCACCACUCCCGCCCCUCCUGCUCCACCUGGUGCAGUUGAGCAGAGCAGCUCGAACAACCCAACCGUGACGGUCGUCAUCGUCAUCUGCGUGCUCGUCGUCGUCGGCAUGUUUGGCAUCUACUACUACGACUACAAGGAGCGCCAGCAAAAGAAGAAGCUGGAGGAAGAGAACGAGGCGAAGAAGAGGGAGGAGGAAAGAAAGGCCAAGGAGAGAGAUCGGCCGAGGCCCUCUCAAACCAGGGCCCUUCCAGCAGGAGGGCCCAAGACGACGAUGACGACCUCGGCAUCGGGCGGGGGAGUGUACCAGGCAGAGAGUCAGACUGUGAGGCAGCAGUCGCAAGCUCCUCCCUCUGAGGUCCAGCCGACGAAGCAAGAGGAGUCGAAGAAGGUUCAAGAGUCGAAGGAGGACGUGGAGAUCUCCGUGCAAGCAGAGGCGUUGCCCAGCGAACCAGCAGCUAUGCAACAGCCAGAGAAGGCGGAGGAGAAACCCAAGGAGGAGGAGAAGGAGGAGAAGCCUGCCAUGUCUUACAGCAGCAGAGGACCAGAGGCUGCGGCCAAGACUCAGCUGGAGGAGCCCGACGGAACCAACGAGAAAGAGCUCGAGGCCGCUCCUGACGAGCCCAAGACGCCGGACUCAGAGGCAGGCGAAGCUGCCCAGCAGGUGUCUGAUCCUCUGUGCGAUUCCUUGACGAGGAAUGAGUUGAUGCUGCAGGAGGCCUCCCCCCUCGACACGUUCUCGAUCGCUGACAUCGCAAGCUUACUCCCCCCUGGAUGGCUAUGCUGUGUGGGGUGCAAGCACCCCGUUAACGCCUCCUGGCCAAAGUGCCCCAAGUGCGGUACGCCACCAGAUCCCACCUAUGGUGGAAGUGUGUACACCAUAUGA